AUGAACAGCGAAUUUGAGUAUGCUAGCGAAGCUCAAUUCGCACGCUGGACAGACAAAAAGACCAUUCAACAGAGUGGCCGGGCCAUUGUCACGACAGAUCGUCUGGCCAUCAUGACCACUCCGAGCGCCUCUAACUCCCGUCCCAAGCAGGUUGCAUCGGAGCUGGAUGCCGCGGCAAAUAGCCGAGAAAACACCCCCUCUGGAAAUACAAGCCAUUGA